GGAAGUGGCUGUGGCGGAGCUUGCGCCGAGGACCCGAGCGGGAGGCUCACGGCGGCCGCGUGAACCAGAGACGCGCGGGUCCGAGUUCCUCGCGCAGGUCUCGCCGUCAGGGUUCGCAUUCGGCUUGCUCAGGACUGAAGCGCUCAUGACAGAGCUCUAAGAAGGAGAAAAUCUGUUCCGCUGAGCCCCGGCCGUCCCGGAAAUGAGAUGGCCGUGGAGCGGGCACCGGAGACCAGACUGAGGCUGUGUUUCAAACCAACCUAGAUUCUUCUGUGAGAUACAGAGUUCUGGAGGCCACAAGUGAAAAUGACAUACCCCACCUCAGUGACCCUUCAGCCAAAGGCAUGACAGCUCAGGCACACACAUGGACUUGUUGCACACAGAAAUGUGUGCACAGGAAAAGGAGAUCUCUAGUUCUUUAGAAGAAAGGAGUCAUUCUUCACCAAGAUGGGCAUAUUCUGCUCAGUGAUCAAGUUUGAAAAUCUUCAAGACUUAAGGAGACUGUGUCAUUGGGGUCCCAUCAUAGCCCUGGGUGUUAUAGCAAUAUGUUCCACAAUGGCCAUGAUUGACUCUGUCUUGUGGUAUUGGCCCUUACAUACAACUGGAGGAAGCGUGAACUUCAUCAUGUUGAUAAAUUGGACCGUCAUGAUUCUUUAUAAUUACUUCAAUGCCAUGUUUGCUGGUCCUGGCUUCGUCCCUCGGGGGUGGAAACCGGAAAAGUCUCAGGAUAGCAUGUAUCUCCAGUAUUGUAAAGUCUGCCAAGCGUACAAGGCGCCACGCUCACAUCAUUGCAGAAAGUGUAACAGGUGUGUAAUGAAGAUGGACCACCACUGCCCCUGGAUCAACAACUGCUGUGGUCACCAGAACCACGCCUCGUUCACGCUCUUCCUCCUGUUGGCCCCUCUGGGCUGCACGCAUGCUGCUUUCAUCUUCGUGAUGACAAUGUACACACAGCUUUAUAAUCGGCUCUCCUUUGGGUGGAACACAGUCAAGAUUGACAUGAGUGCAGCCAGGAGAGAUCCACCUCCAAUUGUUCCCUUCGGAUUGGCUGCAUUUGCUGCCACCUUGUUUGCCUUGGGAUUAGCUUUGGGAACAACCAUAGCUGUUGGGAUGCUGUUUUUCAUACAGAUAAAAAUCAUUCUCAGAAACAAAACUUCUAUUGAAUCAUGGAUUGAAGAAAAGGCUAAAGAUCGCAUUCAGUAUUACCAACUGGAUGAAGUCUUCAUUUUUCCUUAUGAUAUGGGAAGUAAGUGGAAGAACUUUAAACAGGUGUUUACAUGGUCGGGAGUCCCUGAAGGAGAUGGACUUGAGUGGCCAAUACGAGAGGGCUGUGACCAGUACAGCCUUACAAUAGAACAGUUGAAGCAAAAAGCGGACAAGAGAGUCAGAAGUGUUCGCUAUAAAGUCAUAGAAGACUACAAUGGUGCCUGCUGCCCUUUGAAUAGAGGAGUGAGAACCUUCUUUACAAGCCCCUGCACUGAGGAGCCUCGGAUCCGGCUGCAGAAAGGAGAGUUCAUCUUAGCAACAAGAGGACUGCGAUACUGGUUGUAUGGAGACAAAAUUCUUGAUGAUUCCUUCAUAGAAGGUACUUCAAGAGUAAGAGGGUGGUUUCCUAGAAACUGUGUGGAAAAAUGUCCCUGUGAUGGUGAAUCAGAUCCAGCCCCAGAGGGGGAGAAGAAGAACAGAUAGCCACUGUUAAAGUGAGAUCAUUAAGUCUUCAUUACUUGAAAAUCCACAUGUAGUACCUGAGAAUUAUGCAACGAGCCUACUCUGCUUAAGGUAUUCUUUUCCUCAAAGAUACCCUAGUGCCAUGACUUCAAAAAUUUUUAUUACCAUUUUGAAACAGAAGCCAUUCUGCAUAUGCCUUUGAAUUCCUGCCGUCUUUCCACUUCUUCCUACUGAAGGAAGGCCGUUCCAGCCAAGUGAGCAACUUGCCCUUUCUGUGUGCUGCACAUCUGACUUCCCCUGCAGGUCUAAUUCCCCACUGGACAGGAGCAUCUUGCAUGUGGUUAUUCUGUUUCUUCCUCCGCUGACAUUUCCUUCAUAAUCUUCUAGAGACUGUAGAACUUGUCAGAUUCAACAUAAACUCAGAUUUGGUUACUUUUAAUAAUACAGAUUUUGUCAAAUCCAAUAAAGGUCAAUGGAUGUUCUGUAAAAAUUAUAGUUUUCACACAAAAAGCA